AUGAGCUCGUCCGAAGAUGAGGACCUUCAAAGAGCUAUCGCGCUGUCUUUGGCGCACCUCGACGGCACUGCUGAGGACGCGGCAGUCUCGGCAGCUGACGCCGUGGACGACAACACGAGUGAAGCUCCACCCGCGCCCACAAGUGAUCUAGCUGCCAACGAACCACAGCCCGCAAGCAACCGAGCCGUCAACGAUAGCCUGAAGAACCUCGAUCGCAAGCAACUUGAGGCAGAGCGCCUUGCCCGCCAAAAAUCCCGCAAACACCAGAGCGCCGACUCUCCACUCUCCACCCAAGAGCGUGGAAGGCCUUCCAAGAAGGCUCGGACCAAGGCCAGUGUGCCUGCAUCCCAAGAGUCUGGAUUCAUUGACUUGACCACCCCUCCUCGCUCGCGCAAGGAAGUGGCACCUUCUGAGGAGCUUCAUGCCGAUCAACUGCCGGCAGCGCGGUCUCAAGGCCAGGUACUCGGACAGAUUCUACAAAAUGAACUAGGCAUUUCUAUCCCACCCGAGACCCCAAACAGGCCAGUUUCAACCUCGUCCCGCCGAAUCACUGAGCCACAAUAUCUGGAUGGUGCGGUCAAGAGAACUUGGGCCCUAGGGUUACCUCGAGACAAUGAUAUCAAGAUUGAGGAGGUACUGCAGAAGGCAGACUUGAACCAUUUGCUAGUCAGUUCGUUCAACUUCGAUACGGAAUGGUGGAGUACCAAGAUCGACUCCCAUGUUACCAAGCAGACUUGGAUCCUUGGUUCUUCGAAAGACGAUGUGGCAGCAGAAUGGACCAUGGCUCCUCUUUUGUACCCCAACGUGUCUGUCAGUCUGGCUGACAUGAAGGGUGCCAAUGGCAUUUACCAUGCCAAAUUCCUCAUCGGUGCGCAUCCCAAGUAUCUACGGAUUGUGAUUACAUCAGCGAACCUUACCGAGUGGGAUUGGGGUGAAACGGGUCAUAUGGAGAAUGCUGUGUUCCUCAUCGAUCUCCCGCGCCUUCCAGAGGGCCAGAUUACAUCCGAGGACGACUUCACGGCUUUUGGAAAGGAGCUUCGACACUACAUAGAAUCCGUCACACACCGCCGCAACCUCUGCAACAGCCUCCUCAAGUUCGACUGGUCCCGCACCAAGCACCUUGCGUUUGUGCAUUCCUUGGGAGGUCCAAGAGUUGGCGAGGAAGCUCGACGCACCGGUCUUCCAGGGCUUUCUCGGGCAAUACAGCAGCUCAAUCUAGGCUCAACGACGCUUGAGCUUGACUAUGCCACCUCUUCUCUGGGUGCAUUGAGCAGGGGGUUCAUGGAACAGCUUUUGACCGCUGCAAAAGGCAAAGAGGUCAAGGCCACCAAGGAGAAGUAUGACCAUGACGUACAGAUGGGGGAUCUUCUGAAGCGCUUCCGGGUGUAUUUCCCCACAUCCGACACUGUCGAAGCCAGCAAAAGCGGCACAGAUGGUGGCGGUACCAUCACACUCGCGAAGAAGUGGUAUGAGGCGGCGAGUUUUCCUAAAGCGGCCAUGCACGAUCACAAGUCGACGCGGAACGGUCUGUUGAGUCACAACAAGAUGAUUGUCGGCCGUGGACAGCGCUCGGAGGAUGGAGAGGAGGCAACGGCGCAUAAGAAAGUUGCUUGGGCAUACAUUGGGUCGGCAAACCUCACGGCUGCUGCAUGGGGCCAGCUGUCAAACGACCGCGCAACCAAGACGCUCAAGGUUACGUGCCGCAACUACGAAUGCGGCGUGCUCGUACCUGUCGAUGCAGAGAAGCCGGACAAGAAAGCGGAGGAUGAAGAGUUGCCGGGCUACGAAGUUUUCAGGGGAACGUUGGACAUCCCCUUCGAGAUACCCGGCGAGAAGUACGGUGACAAAACGCCGUGGUAUUUUGCAGGCUAG